UGUUCUGUCCUUCCACAGUGUAGAUUCUGGGGAUUGAACUUAGGUCUUCAGUGUAGGCAGGAGGCACCUUUACCCACUGCCCACUGAGAUAUCUCACUGGCCCACAAAUACUCUCCAAACCACUGAGCAGCAACAGACUUGUAGCUUUAAAGAAGUUACUUAGCAGCAGCUGUCCUGGAAGUUACUUUGUUUAUGAACCGAGAUAGAUGCAAUUUUAGCAUUGUUCUACAAAUAUAGAAAGAUUACUCUGCAUCCUCUAUAAACCUAGGGCAAACUCAGCUAUUGAUUGAGCUUCAUGUGGCUAUUUCAGCCACAGAUUUAAGUUUCAAUUCCCUAAAUAUUAUGUUCUAAUAACCUUUGCCUCAGAGUGAGAAGCAGAGGGAGUGAGCCCAAGUACCUGGGGCAGUCGGUCAGCACAGCCUGCGUGUCCCUGUCACAGGUCUGGGGAGCACUCCUCUUGACAACUCGCCUGCCUGCACCUGUAUAAUCUCAAACAAGGGACCUGGGGCAGCAGCAUGCGUCCUAUGUUCGAGGAAUUUAUAGACAAAUGGGAAAGAGGAGGUUUUUAAGGGCAUUAGAUUAGUAUUGUUUUUCUUAACCAACUAGGAAGAUGUUUUAGCUUGCAUAGAUCACAAAAAUAAAGGAGCCAUUCCGAAAGAAGACAUGGGGCUGCGAUUAUAGCUCAGUAGAGGAGCCCGUGCUGGGUUGUCCCACGUGCACGGGGCUCCGAGUUAGAUCCCCAGCACCCCAAAACAAAAAAGCAGAAUAAAACAAGAAAAGCCACAAAACAAAACAGUAACCCAAAACAGAUGCUGUUGGACAGAGCUCAACCUUCUGCCUCCAAGGGCUGCCUCUUUCCUCCCUGCCUAGACCUCAUCUCCUGGGCUCCCCUCUGGAGGGGCUGUGUCUUCAUGUCUAGCUGGACAGCUGGGUCCUGCACAGUGGGUUCUGCACAGACCACGCACAGCAGACUGGACUAGCUUCAGCUUCAGCGAAACAGGAGGAGGAUGCAGCAGAACGAAGGCUCCGUCUAGGACCUAACCCAGCAGCAGCCCGAGUCCUCUUCACAGGCAUGGUAUUUAGCCCUAGGAUCUGACUCAGAUGCUUGUCCGUGGUUGUCUUCCAUUUCAGCAGAAUGUUCGUCAAGUAUAACUUUUUUUUUUUCCGGAGCCUAUAUUUUCUGCUGGCAAAUAUGACUGGGAAAUGCUUGCACAUUGCAGCUAACUUUCAGAGCCCCGGGCCCUCACUGGCAUGUUAAAGGCUGUGGGAAACCUGUUUCAUCCAGGGCUAAAACAUUUUUUCUCAGUGAAUACUCUUGCAGGGUAUAACUGUUCUUAUGGGCUGGAAAUAUCUGGCAUCCCACAGGGAGAAAUUCUUCCCAGAAGCCCAAGCAGAGCUCAAGAGAAGGGGAGAGGUGGAGAAAUGAAGAGAAAGUUAUCAUUUGCUAAAACAAACGGAAAGUUUGACCUGUUGCCUAGGGCAGGGCUCUGAAUAAGGUCACUGUCGAUUCCGUGGAUAGAGGCCAGGACAGUGGUGACAAUGCUGAGUUAUCUCCCCUAGGCUCAGAUGCCUCAAACCAAAAGGAUAAGACAUCUUACAGAAACACGUACCGUUCAGAUAACCAAGAUCAUUUCCCCCGCAUCCCUUCUCUGCUUUUUGUGUUCUCACAAAAAUACGCUGUCGGAGUAUAAAGCCUCUGCAUAGAGCUCCCCGUUUUCGCUUCAGUCAAGGAAGAGAUGGAAUUGUUCUGUUACACCUAGAUUUCCAUUAAACAACUCUGCUUUCUUGCUGGGCAGCUCAGAUUGUUCUGUGCUGUAAGCUUCUCCUGCCUUUGCUAUCCCAGUUCUGGGGUCUUUUGUUUUAAGACUCACGAAUCUUGGGCGAUGGGAGAUGGGUUGUGUGCAGGCGCGAGCGUGUCAGUGACCAGCAGCGAUUUUGAUGGUGGCUGUUAAGACUGCAGCGGAAUAUGUAAAAUCUCGACUCCCAGAGGCUCUUAAGCAGCACCUUCAGGACUAUGAGAAGGACAAAGAAAACAGUGUUCUGACCUACCAGACCAUCCUUGAGCAGCAGAUCUUGUCAAUUGACCGGGAAAUGCUGGAAAAGUUGACAGUCUCCUAUGAUGAAGCAGGCACAACGUGUUUGAUCGCUCUACUCUCAGAUAAAGACCUCACGGUGGCCAACGUUGGUGACUCUCGGGGAGUCUUGUGUGACAAAGAUGGCAAUGCCAUUCCCUUGUCUCACGAUCACAAGCCUUACCAGCUGAAGGAAAGGAAGAGGAUAAAGAGAGCUGGUGGGUUCAUCAGCUUUAAUGGCUCCUGGAGGGUCCAGGGAAUCCUAGCCAUGUCUCGAUCCCUGGGAGACUAUCCACUGAAAAAUCUCAACGUGGUCAUCCCAGACCCAGACAUCUUGACCUUUGACCUGGACAAGCUGCAGCCGGAGUUCAUGAUCUUGGCAUCAGAUGGCCUGUGGGAUGCUUUCAGCAAUGAAGAAGCGGUUCGAUUCAUCAAGGAGCGCUUGGAUGAGCCCCACUUUGGGGCCAAAAGCAUAGUCCUGCAGUCCUUUUACAGAGGCUGCCCUGACAACAUCACUGUCAUGGUGGUGAAGUUCAGGAAUAGUAGCAAAACGGAAGAGCACUGAGCCCUGCCAGCUCUCAGCUGCCCCAAACUAGAGGACUCUCAACAUACUGUUCUCUUCAUGUAGUAAAAGGUGUGGGCAUUAUAAUUAGGAUCAUGCGUCCCAACACAGAACCCCCUUCCCUGAUGGCCUUGAAUCCCUUUGGAGUACUGAGCAGAGGGUUCCCUUGCUGACACCGCAGAGAGGCUGCUAAGUUUGUGUUCCCCCGGCCCUUCUAUCAGUGUUUGAAACACAUACGUAGGUAGCCACAGAUCCCACAUAUGAGGCAAAGGAAAGGCAGGCCAUAUGUUUUCCUUCUUAAUAAUGUACUUUUCAUGAUCUCUUCUGUGGUCCUUCAGGGAUCUGACUUGGCAUCCUCUCUGGACCUGGGCAGGGCAAGCCGGUGAUGCCAACACAUCACCAUGACAAUGAGGUGGCCAUGCCCUCUGCCUUGAAGCAGUUUUCUCAGAAAUGCUCUCCCAUUCUGAGUCUUGGUCUUCAGUACUCCAGCAGCCUGGAAGGAGACAUGCAACACUUUGUAAUUUGUUGCCUGCUCUUAGAGACUGAGAGUUGGGAAGCCAGUGCAGCCAGCUUCCUGCACACCAGACCUCCCUGCUUCCCAUCGCUUCCUUCAUUAGUUCAAUAGAGUCGGGAUGCAGUUAUGCCUCUCCUCAUGGAGCGCAGCCUCGCCAUUUGUUCACACCUUACGAUGCAUCGAUGCAUCGAGGGCCGCCGCUGACCUCACCGUGAGACGUGAGUUUUUGUCUCCCCUCACCAAGACUCCCCAGAGAGGGGAGGAAGCAGGGCGGAAAGCACAUCGCAGUACAGUGUGCCCUUCCAUCUUCAAGGAGGAAUUAGGCUGGGAUGGUUCUCCAUGACCUUUUGAGAAUCGCUGUCUGCACUGGAGAGGAAGGCAGGAGUCCUGGGAUCACCAGUCACACUCACCAGCUGCUGGUUUCUGCACAGCCCUUCCCAAGCCCAUCCUACCUAGUAGCUUUCAUGCCUUUCAAACAGUGUUGG